AUGGAAAAUCCGAUCGCAGGGAUUGGUCAAGCGUCUAUCGAAGUCCGCUGCAUGUUCCGCUCGAUAGUGAAGUCUCGGAUAUCCAAGUUUUCCACCACCAUCGACGCCUUCGUUCUUCCCAAGGUCACCGUAGAUCUGCCUUCAAUCUCCGUCGAUGCGUCGAGCUGGUCGCUUCCGACAGGAAUCCAGUUAGCUGAUCCGUCAUUCUAUCAGUCCGGAGUCAUUGAUGUUGUGUUAGGGGCCGAGGUAUUCUUCGAUCUCUUCAAUGUUGCUGGUCGAAUCAUUUUGGGUGAAUCUCUUCCGUGUCUGGUUAAUUCGGUUUUCGGUUGGAUUAUCAGCGGCAAAACUUCUGAACAACAUUCAAGAUCUUCCGUAGUCUGCAAUGUUGCUACCACUGCCGACAUCCAUCGUGACAUGGAGCGAUUUUGGGCCAUCGAGGACGAUUCAACGAUCGUCUACUCUGCAUCCGAAGCCUACUGCGAGAAAUUCUUCAGCGAAACUACUCGUCGCUGUGAGGAUGGAUGGUACAUGGUACGAGUACCGUUCAAGGAAGAUGUUUUGGACAAACUAGGAGACAAAAAACGUACUGCACUUCACCGUUUUCGCUUGAUCGAGGGUCGUUUCGGGCGCGAUCCAAAAUUAGCCGCCGAAUAUCGUAAAUUCAUGGACGAGUACGAAGAGUUGGGACACAUGGAGCGAAUCGAUGAAUCAGAUGCAGCGUCAGGGCCUGCAUACUUCCUUCCACAUCAUCCAGUCAUUCGCGAGGAGAGCAGUACAACCAAGGUGCGUGUCGUCUUCGAUGCUUCUUGCAAGAGCUCCACCGGAAUUUCCCUGAACGACGCUAUGCUAGUGGGUCCAAUUGUUCAAGAAGAUUUGCGGUAUAUAACGAUGCGAUCUCGCCUGCAUCCUAUCAUGAUGAUUGCUGACGUCGCCAAAAUGUACCGGCAAAUGGUUUUGUUUCCCAGAGACUGCCGAUUUCAUUUGAUAUUCUGGCGUCCUUUACUAUCAGAACCGAUCUGCAUCUACAAAUUGAAGACCGUAACCUACGGCACCGCUUCAGCUCCGUAUCUAGCCACUCGAGUACUGAAGAAGCUAGCGGAGGAUGAGAAGGAGAGGUAUCCCCUCGCAGCGAAAGCAACCUGUGAGGAUUUUUAUGUCGACGAUUUCUUUUCGGGCGCACAGACAGUCACCGAAGCAAUCGAACUACGGGAGCAAAUGGAUGCCAUGUUCAACUCAGCUGGAAUGCAGCUACGAAAGUGGGCGAGCAAUUACCCUGCACUACUAGAAGGAGUUCCGGAAUACAACCGUGCCUUGCAGCCUUCGAUGGAUUUCGACAAGGAUCAGGCCAUAAAGACACUGGGUCUACACUGGGAACCCUGUUCUGACCAGUUGAAAUACGUCGUUCCUGAAGCGACAACCAAGUCCUCAACAGUCGUCACGAAACGAAGCACACUUUCCUGCAUCGCCAAACCCACUUGGUUUCAUGACAGCGGAAAGCAGUACGAGUGGGACAAGGAACUACCGGAGCAGAUGAAGAAACGUUGGGUCGAAUACUACACCGAACUUCCCCAUCUGAACGCUCUGCGAAUUGAUCGAUUCGUCAUACUCCCAAAUACUACUUCUGUGGAGCUGCAUUUCUUCUCAGACGCCUCUUUAGCUGCAUAUGGAUCGUGUGCCUACAUCAGAUCAUCGAAUGAGUCAGGUGAAGUCAAGGUCGCUCUAUUAACGUCUCGCUCGAAGGUGUCUCCACUCAAACAGCAAAGCAUUCUGCGCCUAGAGCUUUGUGGCGCACUGCUGUCUGCUGAGCUCUACCAGAAGGUUUACAAAGCGCUGCGAAUCACAUCCAAAGCGUAUUUCUGGGUAGAUUCAACCACCGUUUUGAGUUGGCUCAAGGCUACACCAUCCACCUGGUCCACUUUUGUCGGAAACCGGGUAUCCAAAAUCCAGCAGAAGACGGAGAACUGCGAGUGGAACCACGUAGUAGGACGAGAAAAUCCCGCGGACAUCAUCUCGAGAGGUCUUCCAGCUGCGGACUUGAUACAGUGUAGACUGUGGUGGGAAGGUCCUCCAUGGCUUCGAGGAGAAAAAGAAUCGUGGAAAGUUUCAGUUGACGCAUGUGUUGGCAACGAGGCAGCCAAGGAAGCAAGGAAAUCUUCGUUUGCAGUCGCUUCUUCUUCGCCAUCAUUCGUCGAGGAAUACCACAUUUUCGCCAGUGAAUGUGCUACCAACGGGAUUCGUUGGCACUUCAAUCCGCCCCGUGGUUCGCAUUUCGGAGGAUUAUGGGAAGCUGCAAUCAACUCUGCACAGAAGCACUACUUCCGUGUGCUCGGAGAUCGUAAGCUAGCCUUCGACGACAUGGAGACACUCCUCGUGCAGAUUGAAGCUUGUCUCAAUUCACGGCCGCUCACCAAACUAUCCGAGGAUCCGUCAGACUUUCAAGCCCUCACACCGGGACACUUUCUGAUCGGUUCGUCCUUGCAGUCCGUCCCAGGCGUCGACUAUGAAUCGAUUCCAGCAAACCGUCUCCACCAAUGGCAGCUAAUCCAGAAACUGCUCCAGGAUAUCUGGAAACGCUGGCACGUGGAAUACCUCGUUUCGCUACAACCACGUAGUAAGUGGUGCAAACCGCCUGUACCACUGCACGAAAACCAGCUCGUAGUAAUCGUAGACGAGAACCAGCCACCGAUGCGCUGGGCCACUGCACGAAUCCACGAUCUACACCCAGGAAAGGACGACGUAGUACGAGUAGUCACUCUGCAAACUGCAACCGAAUUCCUCACUCGUCCUACGGCAAAAAUCUUCGUACUUCCAAUACCACCAUCAGCCGACGAUCAGCCAUCAACGUCAGCAGCACCGCAACUGCGGUCGGGCUAG